GAAAAUUUAUAACAUAUAGCAUUCUAAAGCACAAAGAAUCAGACAAACAAAUAUUUAGUAAGUAUAUGGUGAAUCGGUCCAAGAACAAGUUCACCAUGAAAACAAAAUAUGGAGCAGCAGUUGCACCCGUCUUCGUCCUUGCUGGUGCCUAUGUUGCUUGGAAUUACAUAAAUCAUCGUUUAUGGAGUAAGAAGGACGACGACAACAAUGGUCGAGAUAUCAGAAAAAGCAACCAUAAAAGCCCUGUGGAACAACGAAAAGGCGCUAAAAGCAUUAGUAAGGAGGCUUCUUUAGCAAGACGUGGAAAGGAUCAGAAAACCCUCUCAAGAUCUGUUUCAAUGGGGGCUAUUCGAGGAGGAAAAGUGGCAUUGCAGAGAUUGCUUGAUUUGCACUCGUAUCAUCUUGAUACUUCUUCCCUUGUAAAUGCUGAGACUGAAUUUGAAUCUUUGCUUUCCAAGGAAAAGCCGGAUUUUGGGUUGCUUCAGAGAGACAUUGUGAAGAUGGAAAUGAGUGGAAAAGAAGCAAAAGGAGUUGAGAUAUUGAAGAAAGCAUUGGAGAAAGCAAAAGCAGAAGGAAAAGGUCAUGAGGCUUAUGAGAUUGAGAUGUUGCUUGUGGAGAUGUUGAUCUACAUGGGAAACAUUGAAGAGGCUUUAAAAUGUAAGUGUUUAGAGGAUGAUUUCAUUACAGAUGCCAGACGUCCUCUUUACCUGACUAUAAUAUAUUACUUCCGUGGAGAUCCUGAGAAGCAAGUCGAGGAGACGUUCAACAGGUUCAGGGAGAUUCAGAUGGGUCUACAAUGGCCUGGAAGCUCAGAGGAAUGUGAGACUCACGAAAUCACAUUAGAUGAGUUCAAGAAAGUAAUGGAAUCUCUCAAGCACGAAAUUGAAGACAGCAAGAAAAGACAAACCGUAAACUCAAUUCCACGUGAGACAAAAGAAAAUUGACUUGGAAGAUAUGUUUCAAUAAUUUCAAGAAAUGGUGUUGUUAUCCAUGAAUUAAUAGAAAAAUUUGGUUCACUACU